AUGUGGAAUAGGACGAAGUUCCCAAAGGAAUACAACUACUUAAAAGGAGAAUUUGUGAGAAUCCUGACCUUCCAGGUGGCCAGCCUGUCAAUCAGUUUACUCACCAAAGAAAUAAUUAAGACAGAGAUCAAUAAUAAAAGACGUGAUUUCUCUGGUGGAUUGGAGAUACGGGUGGUCGGCGGUCCGGGCUGCUCUUCAACUCGGUGGGCAACGUCCUUGGACUCCUGGUGUUCUGCACGCGGUGGUUCGGGCUGUCCCUCUAUGCCAUGGAUGGCGUCCUCGGGCUCCUCCUGGCGUCCGGUGUGGUGCGGGUCGACUCCAAGCUGGCUAUCCCGGGAAGAUGUCUACCCAACAUGGCGAGGUGGGUGUGUGGUCUUUGGUCGGCGGAGGGGAUUCUGUGACACAAGGCACAAGCGUCUGGACUUCUGGAGUGGCGGUACAUGGGCGUUUCUCCCGCGCGACAUCCUCCAUCCUUGAAGUCACUGAUGUGGUCUCCAGCAUAUGGUGUGGUUUUUCCAUGAUUUAUUGAAUGGUAUAACGAUGCAAGUGCAGUGAAACGACCGCGAAUAUGUGAGGUUAUGUGAAUGAUUACAAAUGAAUGAUGAUCAAAAAUUGAAAUAGUGUGAAAAAUUCGUUCAAAUGAAGGAAUACAAAAGUGUGAAAGUGUGAUUCACUAAUAUGUGUGAUAAAAAUGUCGAUCAAAUUAGCAAUAUCGUUAACAUAAAACAGUGAAAGAACACUCAAAAAUAAUGGAUAUUCAAUAAUGCAGGUAUGCUUAUUAUAAUUUAUUAUUCUCAUUAUUGUGAAUGUUUCAAUCUUAUAAGCUCCUGCCAUAAUUAUAUUUAGGGCUAGUAUUUCUCACAAAUUUUUUUAUAAAAAGCAGUGAUGCUCUGCUUGAAUUACUCCACAAUGCGUGACUUAAUUUUACUUCCCUCUUUAUGCCCUAAGAAGGUUUGA